CACCUGCGCAAGAUGGCCGUCCCGGUUAGGCUGUGAAGGAUGCGGCUGACUCGGAAGCGGUUCUGCUCCGCUUUGUUGGCCGCCUACUUGGUCUUUUCCCUCUACGCGGCUUACAGCGUCUUCCUGAAGCCUCGCCGGCCUGCUGCCUCACGGCCGGGCCAGCGGGAGAAGCAGAGGCGAGAACAUGCUAUUUUGGGAAUUGAAGAAUGGAAUCCUUGGGAAGUUGAUGAGAAAAUUUAUUUGCAGCAGAAAUCUGAAAGUAGCCUUCAGUUGCUGAAAAAGAUGUCAUUGCAACAAGAACCCACAAACUUCAGGGUACAAAUUUGGGGAAAAGCUGCUAUUGGCCUUUAUUUAUGGCAGCAUAUCUUCGAAGGUUUGCUUGAGCCUGCAGAUAUAAAAGCUCAGUGGAGAGAAGGAAGCAUAAAAAUAGGAAAAUCAUAUUUCAGUUUCAUCACAGGCCCAUCUGUAAUUCCUGGUUACUUCUCUGUAGAAGCUGAAACUGUUGUCUUAAUACUGAAUGGCAGAGAAGAGGGAAAGAUCUCCUAUGCCACUCAGUGGCUACAUUAUGCACAAACACUAGUGCAAACGCACAAGCUUCAACAUGUUGCUGUUGUGUUGCUUGGGAACGAACAGUGCAAAAAUGAAUGGAUUUAUCCUUAUUUAAAAUCCUAUGGAGGGUUUGUGGAACGAUUUUUUCUAGUUUAUGACAGCCCCAUAGUGAAUGAAGAAGAUAUUUUUCAGUGGCCUCUAGGAGUAGCAACUUAUAGACAUUUUUCUGUGGCUGAACCAAGUUGGUCAAUGCUCCAAAGACCAAGACCGUAUCAGUGUAACUUCUUGGGAACUGUUUAUAAGAAUUCAUCUAGAAAAAUCGUGUUGGAGAUAUUGAUGCAAAGUGGGCUUCACAAGCUCUGUUCGAUUUCAGCCAGAGAACAGUGGACUCCUCAAGAAACUAAUGAGAGUUUGCGAAUCUAUCAAGAUGCAUUGUUGGAGAGUGAUCUUACGUUAUGUCCAGUGGGAGUAAAUACCGAAUGCUAUAGAAUCUAUGAAGCUUGUUCAUUUGGCUCUGUUCCUGUGGUAGAAGAUGUAAUGACACCAGGCAAUUGUGGAAAUUCAUCUGUGCACCAUAGAGCACCACUGCAAUUACUAAAGACCCUGGGAGCUCCCUUUAUCUUUAUUAAAAACUGGAAAGAGCUUCCUGCUGUUUUAGAAAAAGAGCAAAAUAUGACUCUACAACAAAAGAUUCAAAGAAGGAAAAUACUUAUGGAAUGGUAUCAGCAAUUCAAAGCACAAAUGAGACAAAAAUUUGUUAGCAUCUUAGAAAAAGCCUUCUUACCUAUGGAUAAAGGUGAUUGAUUAUGAUUUCAAUAUAAACUGAAAUAUG